AUGGAUCCAGAGACUGAUGACACCUAUGUGAGCAAGACCUUAGAGAGUUUGCGGAGACGCUUGUUUGCUCAGAGGCUUCGUUUGGAGGAAGGUCUACUCCAAGUUAGAUCAGAGGAACAGAGAGCUCAGGAGCAGCUCACGGCUGCUGAUGGCCCCUUUCCGCUGGCUGAAGAGGAGGUCUAUGAAGGCGACCGCUUCACCUACGGUGAGACGUUGGACAUCGCGGUGGCCUUGUCCCGAACGUUGGCGCAGACCUACGGCGUGCAGCGAGGCCUCGGCCUCGCUCAGGCUCGACGUCUCACUGAGGAAUGGGUCUUCACAUUGAUUGCGGUCAAUGGAUUCCUAAGUGCUGUUUCAUUGCCGGUGAAUGCGUGGUGGACAGGAAUUCCGGCAGUGUGCAUGCGAGCUGGCGCGCGGAUACCACCGCAGAAUGCGCAACGCUUUGAAGAACUGGUGAUUCUGGGCAAAUCGUUGAACCCUUUGCCAAGACGUCCAGUAGAUCAAGAUGAUCGCGCGAUGCUGAUGUACACCUCGGGCACCACGGCGAUGCCGAGACUUGGUGAGAAACUGGUGAUGAUGUACAAAUGGGAUGCGGGCCGCGCAUUGAAGCUGAUCGAAGAUGAGAAAGUACAAGCCAUCGUGGGUGUACCGACCAACACCUACGACUUGGUGAAUCAUCCGGAUUUCAAGAAGUAUGAUACCUCCUCCAUGGUUGGUGUCGGAGGUGGUGGUGCAGCUUUUGCCGCCCCCAUGAUCAAACGCGUGAAGGACACCUUCCAGAACGCGCGCGCCUCCACGGGCUAUGGGCUCACGGAAACCAAUGCCGUCAGUGUAGUGAUGCCGGCUGAGCUUUUCCCUGCACGACCCACCUCCUGUGGUUUGCCGGCAGUGAACGUCAACGUUUGCAUCCUGGAUGAGAACAACCACAAGCUGCCUCCCGGGGGUGUCGGUGAGAUUUGCUUCCGAGGGGCUACUAUCAUGAAGGAGUACUGGAGAAAGCCAGACAAAACAUCAGAAGUCUUUCAUAUCGAUGAGCAUGGCCAGUUGUGGUUUCGCUCGGGUGAUAUCGGGGCAUUGGAUGAGCAGAACUUUGUUUACAUUUUGGAUCGAGCCAAAGACAUCAUCAUUCGAGGUGGCGAGAAUAUCUCGUGCGCGGAGGUGGAGCAGGCCAUCUUUGAGCACCCGACAGUGGCAGAGGUCGCUGCCAUUGGGUUGCCUCACGAGAACCUGGGCGAGACCGUAGCUGUCGCUGUGGUUUUUAAGACAGGAAGCUCAGCUCCAGAUGCAGAAGAACUGCGAGAGCAUGCGGCCUCCUUGUUGCCGCGACAUAUGGUACGCCACUUGGGGUGGAUGCGGUCCUUCCUCCCAUGGACGGCGUGUCCUUCCUCACACGGAGAUGGAAAAGGGACCCUGUGA